UCGGAAAAGGCCGAAUGCAUGGCAUUGUGGGAAAAGGGAGCCUGUCGCCAUCUUGCUUUAGCGCCGCAGAUUAUCAGGGCAGAAUAAUAACCACGUUCGAAUGAAACAUUUUGAGACAUACGAAUGGUUUAGCAAUACAGUUUGAGCAAAUAUUGCAGGUAGUGAGGUGUAAGAGUAUCACCGUGCUAUUUCCAACGAUAGAACUAGCUAACUGGGAACGUUCGACUUGAGGAGGUAACGUUAGCCAUGGGUCGCUCGAGGAGUCGCAGUUCGUCCCGUUCCAAACACUCCAAAAGCAGCAAGCACAGCAAAAAACGGAGCCGGUCGCGUUCAAGGGACAAGGAGAGGUCCAAGAAGCGAUCCAAGUCCCGUGAAGCGAAGAGGAACCGGCGCAGAGAGUCGCGUUCUCGUUCCCGGUCAGCCACAGUCUCGACCCGCAGGGAAAGGGAGAGAGCGGUCACACCGCCGGAGAGAAUCGACAUAUUCGGCAGGACGUUGAGCAAGAGAAGCGCCUUGGACGAAAAACAGAGAAAAGAGGAGGAGGAGAAGAAGGUUGAGAUGGAAAGACAGAGGAAGAUCAACCCUCCCCUCUUUCUCUCCCCACCCAUGCCGUGCAGCCGUCAGGUGGAGAUAGAGGAGAAGCUGAUCGAGGAGGAGACGGCACGUCGCGUGGAGGAGCUGGUGGCCAAGCGGGUGGAGGAGGAGCUGGAGAAACGUAGGGACGAGAUCGAGCGGGAGGUGCUGCGGCGUGUGGAGGAGGCCAAGCGCAUCAUGGAGCGCCAGCUGUUGGAGGAGCUGGAGAGACAGAGGCAUGCCGAGCUGCAGGCCCAGAAGGCCAGAGAGGAGGAAGAAACAUCCAAACGGGAGGAGCUGGAGAAAAUCUUGGAGGAGAAUAACCGCAAGAUUGCCGAUGCUCAGGCCAAGCUGGCCGAGGAGCAGUUGCGUAUCGUAGAGGAGCAGAGAAAGAUUCAUGAGGAGAGGAUGAAGCUGGAUCAGGAUCGCCAGCGGCAGCAGAAGGAGGAGCAGAAAAUGAUCCUGGGCAAGGGAAAGUCCCGGCCCAAGCUCUCCUUCUCCCUCAAGGCCACCGAAUGAGCCUCUCAUCCCUCCUCUUGCACUCCUUCAUCCCCCCCCAGUGCUCACCUUCUCCUCCUCUCUGGAACGCUCGCUGUGUUUUUAAGUGUGGAAAGCUGAACGAAGGGCUGCCGGAAGAGCCAUGGCUCCUUUCCUGUCACGCACCUCCCUGCUUUACAGACCUUUCCCAACCAAGCCUUGGAGGGACGGAUGCCCGCACACCGUCUAACACCUGUCUCGCCCCCUGCCCCCCCCUCCCUCUCCUCGGCCUCUCUCAACCCCUCCAUUUUUAAGGAUCUGAACUGUCGUGUAGAAAGCUGUCACUACUUGGUUCUGCCCUUACUUAGGUCUUACUUUGAACAGUAAGCAAGCUAGGACAGAAACUCAUAACUUGUGUGUGUGUGUGUCCAGUUAAGGCUCAUUAAAACUUUGUGGGUGGUUUGGGAGUUGGCCUGGGUUUUCCUGUGCCGUGUGUGUCUAACGUAGAAAGCUGACAAGGCAGGGGUAACAUAUGCAGUAAAGCACACAGUCACCUCCACUUUAGCUGACAGGAUUGUCUUCCACCUCCCUUCACCUCACAUCUGCUCUGAUGAUUGAUCCUCGUGUUUUUACCAAGUUUCAAUGUUUUGCUCCUCGAUAGUUUAGCGGCAAAUAGAAAAACCAAGCAUGUGAUCAAAGAUGCUCUGCUGCACAGGUGAACCCAGGCCAAUUCCCAAACUGCCCAUAGAGUGGCUCCGGGGCGCGUUGCAGGAUUGGAACAGGAUAUGAUGCGUCUCAUCCAUGGUCAGGAGGGGAGGGGGGGGCAGACAUUUCCUGUAUGAUGUAAUAUUAGAAUUGCUGUGAUUUGGUGUCCUACUCCUGUAAAAUAGAAUCCACACAACAACGAAAGACAAGCGCGACAGGGAUUUAUAAUCUUGCAUCAUUUUACUGAACUCUUAACUGUUCAAUCGCCGAGUGAAUUGUUCUCUCAAGUCAAGUAGACGGUGGAAGCAGUGCACCUCUGUUCCUUAGUUUUGGUGUAGUAUAUUAACCUCGCCCUUAAAGGGUCCCCUUAAAAUGACUAUUGGUUCGUAAAGGAUGUCCAAGUCCAGGUAAGAUUCACUAGCUACAUGUUGAGAUCUAACCAGGUGGAUGUGCAUGUUUGGAUGUGUGUGUGUGUGUGUGUGUGUGUGUGUGUGUGUCAGUAUGUCUGACUGGCUGAUCUCUGGUAGGUUUAAGGGGCUUCUUGAGUAAGUGAAACUUGUCUUGUGGUAAUUUUCCUGAUUGUGUUAAUGGGAACUGAACAAUACACCAAUAAAACCAUUGAAUGCUA